CACCGUCAUCAUCACCAUCAUCAUCAUCAUCAUCACCAUCAUCACCACCAUCAUCCUCAUCCAGGAUGAAGGCUGGUCUCCACAGAACAGUGCGGACAGUAGACACCAUCAGCUCUCUCCUCUCCCAGUUCUCCCACCUUCUCCAGAGCUUCACAGAGGGAGAGCUGAAGAAGGUGAUCGGGACUCUGGUGGACAGGAGCAGGAAGAGGAGAGGUAGGAGCAGUAGAGAGGAGGAGAGCCAGGAGAGCUCCUCCCAGAGGACUACGGGAGCUAAGAGGGGGCGCAGGAGGAGGAGGAGGAGGUUAAAGCCGUGCUCUCUGCGGGAGGUGGAGGUGACAGUGGGGGAACUGGGGCUGGGCUACGACAGCGAUGAGACUCUCCUCUUCAGGUACUGCAGCGGCAAGUGCACCGCGCGCCGACGCAACUAUGACAUCACCCUGGAACACAUGAGAAGGGCGGGGCUCAUUAAAAAGGGGCGGAGAGACAAGGUGCGAUACAGCCCGUGCUGCCGGCCUAUCGCGUACGAGAAAGAUAUCUCCUUCCUGGAUAACAACAGUAGGUACCACACGGUGCAGGAGGUGUUGGCACGGGAGUGUGGCUGUGCGUGACCCUGGGGAGGUGUGUAACGUUUAAUAACGACCACAUCCACUGAACCACCUGCUCCUGUGAUUCUGUCUGUCCCAAUGAAUACUGGCUACUGGGAUAAGAGGGUGAUAUGAUGUCUCGGUGUGGAUACAAUGCCUCAUGAGAAGACUUGUCAUCGCAGGUGUUAUGGCCACAUGAUGCAGAAAGUGUCAGCUCGGGAGUGUUGCUGUGCGUGACCUCUGACCUGGGGCCUGUUCAGAAAGCUCAGUUGAGUUUUCCUUUUUCAAUCUUGUUCUAGGGGCAGCUUUGCCUUCGAGGGCAGCGUUCAGAAGGACACAGCGUUUAAAAAAACGGCAAUAUGCUCUAUUAUAUGAAACAUAAUUAAUUGUUGUGUAUUUUGGUUGAUACAUGGAAAUUACCCAUGGAUACUGGAUUACAGCAAAAACAGGACGAUGUCUCUGGAUGACCUCUGACAUGGGGCCUAUUCAGGAGGGCGACAUGUUGGAGAACAUGUCUCUCGAUGUGGCUAUGUAUGUUGGAGAGCGGUGGGAAAUCUAUUGAGUGGAACAGAUAAGAUCGUCUGUCAUGUGGAAUAAAGUGACUGGAAUCAGCUCUAUUUAUUACGUUCCUAUCUGCAAGGUUCUGAACGUUUCACCUCAUGGAAUGUGAGUACGCCCCCUGGUGGCGUUGGAGCUGCAGGACCUCCAUGUAGUCAAGGAGGAGCACCUCCACUGCAAUGCCUGCUUCUGGGAUAUCAAGUCAGGUCAAGUCAAGUUUAAUUUGUCAUAUGCACAGGAUAAACAUGGUCCGCAGUACAAUCAAAUGCUUACUUGCAGGUUCACGCUCGGCGAUGCGACACAACAAAGACAGGAGUAAAUAAGUUAAAAAUAGUAAAAAUAAGUUAACUGUAAUAUCGUCUGACUUUCCGGGCCCAUGGAUACUGGGUACGGGAAGACAGAAAAACAGGAAGACGUCUCUGAAUAUGGAUCUGAAUGGAUGUAUUCAGGGAUGGAAUUUAAGGAUUUUGGGCACCGGUCAGCCUGAGCUAGUAGACUGGCAUUUUUACUACGCAAGGUACAAAAUCUGCGCAAUGGGAUAUUUGAAUAGAAAAAAAUCUCAAGCCGGUGUGGCUAAUUUGGUACAUUUUCUACUAGCUCGGUCUAAAAAGUACUAGCCUCUGGGUAUUUGUAUGGAACUGGUUGAGGGCAACACACCUGUAGUGAACUGCUGAGAAUCAAAGUCUUGUCAUUGCAGGUGUUCUGAUCGCAUGAGAGCAUGGACCCAGUCACUAGAACAGUACUGAGCACGGACCCGGUCACUAGAACAGUACUGAGGAUGGACCCGGUCACUAGAACAGUACUGAGGAUGGACCCAGUCACUAGAACAGUACUGAGCAUGGACCCGGUCACUAGAACAGUACUGAGCACGGACCCGGUCACUAGAACAGUACUGAGCACGGACCCGGUCACUAGAACAGUACUGAGCAUGGACCCGGUCACUAGAACAGUACUGAGGAUGUGUCACGAUCAAUAGAGAGAAACUCUUCUGUUUUUGAAUACAGAAAGGAAUGAUAAAUAGUUCCCAAGCAGGAGGCUUGCUUGACACGUUUGAAAUAUUACUUGAAUAUUUAGUUGUUGAUGUAAACAACUUCCAUUCCCCUCCAACUGCAUAUAAACCUCCAUGAAGAUAUCACAAAAUGUCUCCUGUCUUAUCGUCUCUAAAAUUAUGAGAUAUUCUGUGGGAUUUUACAUUUUACAUUUACAUUUUAGUCAUUUAGCAGACGCUCU